CCCACCUUGAGCUAUACAUCGCAUUGACUGGCCCGUCACUCACUGGAUGAUGAUGUGGGAGGAUAGCCUUCAAACACAGAGUGUGUGCCUCACAAUAAACGCGCACCUUGCGUUUUGUAGUACUGAAUCUUCUUCUGAGUUUAUCAUUCGAGUUUUGUGAACGCAGAUUUGAAGGCGGUUUUUACUUUGACUUUUUGUGUCGUGUGUGCUAUCGCGCGCAUUCUGAAUUAAAUCCAAACCCGCUGAGAUUUACAUAUAUUCUUCAGUCGGGAAAACAUCAAGGAGAAGAGGACACGGUGAACAAUUUUUAACUACAGAAGCGUCAAUACUCAUUAACAAAGUUUCCAAGAAAUUCACAGGCGCAACGAGAAGAUUUCCUCUUUGCGAAUCACGUUUCCUCAGCGCAUUUGGAGAAAGAGGGGGGCUCGAGAAAUCAUGGUGGUUUCUAUAGAGAGGUCAAGAGACCAAAGUUUCACUCCUGUAAGUUGAAUAAGUCGGUUUGAGCUGCAAUAAUCGACGCGUUUUCUCCGAGGGAACAGUUUUGCCUCAACAUUCAGGAGACACGGAUUUUAACGGUUAAAGACGGCAGAUUUGCAAGUGGUGAUUCCAAAAGACGUCCUAAUCUGUGAGUCUUAGUCCAUGCUAUUCAAUUUGAGAAUGAACGCAGUCCGGAUGGGGCCAAGGAGGCUAACUCUUCUAAUUCUGCUGAGUGGUGUGUCAUUUGGAGUGGUUGAACUGGAGUCCCUCCCUCAAAACCAACCCCAGUCUCUCAGUCCCAAUCCACCUCAAAAGAACAUUACCUUGGCAGUCAUUCUACCUCUACAAAACACAAUGUACCCCUGGGCAUGGCCCCGGGUGGGCCCUGCCUUGUCUUGGGCCCUGAACAAGGUGAAUUCUGACCCCAACCUUCUGCCUGGCUACCAUCUACAAUUGGUCUUCAGUAGCAGCGAAAACAAAGAUGGAGUAUGUUCGGAUUCAGUGGCUCCUCUUGUGGCCGUGGACCUAAAGUUUUCACAUGACCCUUGGGCUUUCAUCGGGCCUGGUUGUGACUACUCGUCCUCACCCGUGGCCCGCUUCACCACGCAUUGGGAGGUUCCGAUGAUCACAGGUGGGGCAAGGGCGCUUGGUUUUGAGUUGUACUCGUCCAUCACCAACAUUGGUCCUACCCACCAGAAGUUGGGUGAGUUUGUGCUCAGGAUGCACCAUCAUUUCGGCUGGCACAAACACGCCAUGCUCCUGUAUAGCGAUAAUAAGAAAGAUGACCGGCCAUGCUACUUUGCCGUGGAGGGGCCGUACUUAGAGAUGAAUAAAGACAACAUCACAGUAGAAGACGUGGUGUUUAAUCCGAAUGAUGAAAUCCGUUAUGAUGAGUUUGUCCGGGACAUCAACCAUAAAGCUCGCGUGGUUUAUGUCUGCUGCAAGUGGGAGAUAUUUCGCAAGCUGAUGGUGGAGUUCUGGAGACUGGGUCAUCCUCUGGAGGAGUAUGCUUUCUUCUUCAUCGAUUUGUUUGGAAAAAGUCUGCAGAGCCAGCCUGCUAAACCAUGGGCACAUGGAGAUGCUGAUGACAAUGCAGCCAUGGAGGCAUUUAAAAGCGUGAAAAUCCUGACUUACAGAGAGCCUCAAAACCCUGAGUACAAAGACUUUGUUUCCAGACUGAAGACAGAUGCCAUGGACAUGUUUAACUUCAGCGUGGAAGAUUCUCUGAUGAAUCUGAUUUCGGGAUCAUUUCACGAUGGAGUCAUGCUGUAUUCUCAUGCCCUAAACGAGAGUCUGGAUCAGUCGGGUGUGAGGCCCCCAAGGGACGUGGUCAAUAAGAGGAUGUGGAAUCGCACAUACCAUGGGGUUACCGGACUCGUUCAGCUAGAUGAGAAUGGUGAUCGGGAGAUUGACUUUGCUCUAUGGGACAUGACUGACACAAAUACAGGAGUUUAUCAGAUUGUGUCAGUGUAUAAUGGCAGUCAGAAACAGAUGAUUCCAGAGCCAGGGAUGAAGGUGCACUGGCUGAAGGGAAGUCCGCCUCCAGAUAGGCCUCUGUGUGGGUUCAAAAACGAGAACCCUUCCUGCCUGGCAAAGACGGUCACCAUGCACCAGAUGAUCUCCAUAGUGGUGUGCUUCAUUUUUAUCAUCAUCGUAACGGUCACAGUCUUCAUAUACAGGAAGCUGAAGCUGGAGAACGAGUUGACCGCUCAGCUGUGGCGUGUGCACUGGGAGGACAUUCAGAUGAGUAACAUGGAGAAGGUGCUGCGCAGAACCUGCAGCAAACUCACCAUCUCAAUGAGAGGCUCGAACUAUGGCUCACUGCUAACUAUGGAUGGAAACUUCCAGAUCUAUGCCAAGACUGGCUACUACAAGGGAAACAUAACAGCCAUUAAGUAUGUCAACAAGAAGCGCAUUGAGCUCACCAGGAAAGUGCUGUUUGAACUCAAACAUAUGCGAGAUGUUCAGAAUGAGCACCUGACACGCUUUAUCGGCGCUUGUAUCGACACACCCAACCUCUGCAUCCUUACUGAGUACUGUCCUCGAGGCAGCUUACAGGACCUCAUGGAAAGUGAAGGAAUCACACUGGACUGGAUGUUCCGCUAUUCUCUGAUCAAUGACAUUGUUAAGGGAAUGGCGUUCCUCCACAACAGCGUCAUUGUCUCUCAUGGCAACCUGAAGUCUUCCAACUGCGUGGUGGACAGCCGCUUCGUGCUGAAGAUCACAGAUUACGGUCUGGAAAGUUUCCGCAAGGAGAACAACGUGGAGGACCUGCACGCUUUCUAUGCACGCCAGCUGUGGACAGCCCCCGAGCUUCUGCGUGCCGACAACCCACCAGCAUGCGGAACACAAAAGGGUGACGUCUACAGCUUUGGCAUCAUCCUGCAGGAACUCGCCCUGCUGAAGGGCGUCUUCUACCUGGAAGGUCCCUGUCUCAGCCCCAAAGAGAUCAUAGAGCGUGUGGUGGAGGGCCGGUGGCCGUACCUGCGUCCACUGCUGUGUCCUCAGAGCCACAGCGAUGAGAUAGGAGAGCUGAUGCAGCGCUGCUGGUCAGAAGAUGUCAACGAGAGGCCAGACUUCAGCCAGAUUAAAGUCCUGCUCCGCAAGAAUAACCGUGGAUAUGGUUCCAACAUCCUGGAUAACCUCCUGUCCCGUAUGGAGCAGUAUGCCAAUAACCUGGAGGAGUUGGUGGAGGAGAGGACGCAGGCGUACCAUGAGGAGAAACGUAAAGCUGAAACUCUCCUCUAUCAGAUCCUCCCACACUCAGUGGCUGAGCAGCUGAAGCGAGGUGAGAUGGUGCAGGCAGAAGCCUUUGACUCGGUCACCAUUUAUUUCAGUGACAUUGUGGGCUUCACCGCAUUAUCAGCUGAGAGCACACCAAUGCAGGUGGUAACGGUGCUGAAUGACCUCUACACUUGUUUUGAUGCAAUCAUCGACAAUUUUGAUGUGUACAAGGUGGAGACCAUCGGCGAUGCAUACAUGGUGGUGUCGGGACUUCCCGUGAGGAACGGGAAACUGCAUGCACGCGAGAUUGCCCGCAUGUCUCUGGCUCUGCUGGAGGCCGUUCACUCCUUUCGAAUCCGCCACCGACCCAGCCAGCAGCUCCGCCUACGCAUCGGCAUCCACAGCGGUCCUGUGUGUGCAGGGGUGGUUGGUUUGAAGAUGCCUCGGUAUUGUUUGUUUGGCGAUACAGUCAACACAUCUUCACGAAUGGAAUCCAAUGGAGAAGCCCUGAAGAUCCAUGUGUCAGAAGCCACACAGGCCAUACUGGAGGAGUUCAACUGCUUCCAGCUGGAGCUCAGAGGGGAUGUGGAGAUGAAGGGAAAGGGACUGAUGAGGACGUACUGGCUGCUAGGAGAGGUCGACUCCGACAAUGCCUAAAAACUGACUGACUGAGAAAAAGAGCUACAAAACAAACACAUCUAAACAAAUACUGGGACAGUGUGGAACGCUGCAGCCCUUCACUGGGACGAACUAGACUUAUUCAUCUUUCAUCUCCCAAUGUUUCGUGUUAUUGCUUCAUGGGAAUCUCGCUAUGACUGGUUUUGCCAAAGUAAACUCAAAAGGAAAAAACAAUACUUGAGCAGAAUGGUUUAGAAAAUGGAUGAUGACGUGACACUGCUGGUGUGAUAUCAUACCCUUCUGGGUCUUAAAAAUAUCGUUUUGUCGUGAUAGGUCUUUGUCCAGACUUUUUAAAGCAGUCAUCACGAGUUGUUCGGGUCUUUUAGUUGUCGUUCAAUGAUUCAGUGCUGUUGUAGUCCCUGUAGUUCUUUUUUUUUUUUUUUGUUGUUGUUAUCCAUGUGAAAUGUUCUUGAUUCCUGCUCUGGGAUGCAGUGAUUCAGAGUUCAGUUCAAAACUCUUCCAUCUGCCAAAACUGAUCCAGAGAGGUUUGAACCACAGAUUAAAGUUACGCACAAAAGAGAAAUAAUAAUUAAUGUCAAGUAUUAAGAAAGCAUAGAAAUGUUCAAUAAUGGAUUUUGCUCUCAGAGCUCAAGACCAUUUCCCUGCAGAAAUCCGCAAAUAUUGGGAUAGGUUUACAUGACAACGAUGCUCUUAAAACAUAAAGGUUUUUCCUUUGUGUUUUUUGCAUGCAGGAUCUCAAAAUCAUCAUGUUAUCAAAAUGAUUAAAAAAGAAACACUGUAAAGAAACACUACGCACCUAUAGACUGAAAACGCAGGUACAUGACGUCACCGUUCCCACAAAUGUGUGCUUCUGUAGUUUACACUGAGACAAUAAUGUGUACAUGAAUGGCCAAAACGCAUACAAAAAAAACAGUGUUUCAGCUAAAACUAGCCCAGGGAUGUUCUUCAUUUAAUUGCAGGAUUUUCUCCUCAAAGUCAAGAAAUGGCCACAUUUAACUUCCGUAAAGUGACAAAUGGAACUUGAUUUUAUCCAUCACGAUCGAAUUUGAUCACUUGGAUUGUUGUUGGUUAAUAUUAUUUUUGCUGCAUUUAUGAAAUUAGAUUCCACUCUGAUUCGUUCUUGUGCUUGGUCUUAAAAAUUGGGGUGAGAAAAGUACUGAUACUUUUAUUCAGCAAGGAUGCAUUAAAAUGAUCAAAGUAACAGUAAUUUUAAUGUUACAAAAGAAAGAUCUAUUUCAAAUAAUUUUUCAUCAGGAAGUAUUUUUUUAAAAAAUUAGUUUCAACAAAAAUAUUAAGUAGAAUCAAUAUUGAUGAGAAAUGUUAUAAUUACAUUCAUGUAAAGAUAUUUCACAAGGUUACUAUUAUCUUUUUACUGUAUUGUUGAUCAAAUAAAUGCUGCCUUGUUGAGCAUAAGGAACUAAAUCUUACUAGCCCUAAACCUUUGAACAGUGGUAUA